AAUGCCAAGAAGAUCAGCUAAGUCUAUCAGCCAAGGUUAUCUAAAGAGAUGGAAGACUUUUAAUGAGAAGGAACUCCUAGAAUCUUAUUUCAAGCUAGACAGAAACUGGAGUAGGAAGACCAUUAAUUACGUGAAGGACCUCGUGAACCUCAGUGAAGAACAGAUUUACAAAUGGGGAUAUGAAAGAAAAAGAAAGGUCAAGAUUUCAGCCCAGAAAGUUAAGAUACCCACAUCCGCACACAUAACGAGAAACAAUCAAAGCCUUUUUGGCCAAGCUCUUGAUUACAACGAAAUUGUCUCUGAUCUCUUCCCUGGUGGCGAGUGGAAUAGCGAUAAGCUUACCAAAGAGGAGAAGAGCAAAUACGACCAGCUUAAGAGAAGUAUGAUGAAGAAAGACGCCUCUAUUAAGAGAAUGAGUGAGUUAGACCAAAUCCUUCAUGAAAGACUCCCAUCUGACAAUUUGGUUUCUAAGAAUAAAACCAAAUCAAGAAGGAAGACAUCCCUUGAUGAGCACUCUACAUUCAUGGAAGGAGUGAUCAAAGAAGAAGAGGCCAGAAAAAGUGCUGACGAUGCUAACCUUGCUCGUUCCCACUUAGAAGAUUCCAAAAUUUCCUUAAACAAUUCAAAACCCCAAGUUCCAAAAUUUGACCCAAAGCCUUUUGAUUUUCUAUUCCCAACGAAGGAGAAUCUUAACUUUGGAGAUCUUCCAGCUGGGCUGUUCCAAGACUGUCUUUUUCUCAGAGAGGACGGCCUAGAUGGGGAGUUUUAG